CUCUUCUAGACACACCCUACUACUGGAAGAGAAGUAACAGCACAUGCUCCUCCAGUCAGUGUACUCCCUGCCUGCUCUACCUCUCACAGUCUCACGCAGGAUCUCUAGACAUAAACUGGGUAGUUCCUGGCUGGAAUGGGGAAAGCUCCACUGCUCCUUCUGAUCUUUAGCUUUACCACUGUAUGGGACUGUUUAUGUUUCUCUCAGUCUGUAGAUAGUGACUUUACUUUUACCCUCCGAGCAGGACAAAAAGAAUGUUUCUUCCAGCCCAUGAAGAAAGAUGCAUCUCUUGAGAUAGAGUAUCAGGUACUGGAUGGAGCAGGUCUAGACGUUGAUUUUUACCUCGUAUCUCCAGAAGGGGAAACCCUUGUAGCUGAGGAAAGGCAGUCAGAUGGCGUUCACACAGUGGAAACAGAAGACGGAGAUUACCAGUUCUGCUUUGACAAUACCUUCAGCCGUGUAUCAGAGAAGGUGAUUUUCUUUGAAUUAAUUCUGGAUCACGUAGGUGAUGAUGGAAAUGAGAAAGAAGACUGGAAAAAUUACAUAGUUGGUACCGAUCUGCUGGACAUGAAACUGGAGGAUAUCAUGGAAACUAUCAACAGCGUCAAAGGUCGGCUAAGCAAAAGCGUUCAGCUUCAAACUCUACUGAAAGCUUUCGAAGCUCGUGAUCGGAACGUUCAAGAGAGUAACUUAGACAGAGUAAACUUUUGGUCCGUGUUCAACUUGGUGGUGAUGGUUGUUGUGUCGGCUGUUCAAGUGUAUAUGUUGAGAAGCCUUUUUGAGGACAAGCGAAAAAGUAGACCGUGACAACUGAUGACAUUUAAGUUCUACCAUGUGGGAAGUUAAACUAUAAGUGAACAGUGGCUUUAAACCAAGGCUUAUCUAACCGUCCCAACUGCAGCUAUAACACCGACUGUGACAGUUUUAGAAAAGUGGAUUUUGUUUUUGUUAAAUGCUUAUAAAGACAGAUUAUGGGACACCUAAACUGAUCCAUUUCAGGUACCACCGUUUACAAAUAAAUGGGAUAAAAUAUAUAUAUAUAUAAUCUCUAUAUAUCACAUAUAUAAAAUGUUACUUGUAAUUGUUUAUGCAAUUUGUUAAAGGGACACUCAAGAUCAAAAUUAAAACGUUUUUUUGAUUCAGAUAGAGCAGCAAUUUUAAACAACUUUCUAAACAAAUUUACUUCCAUUUAAUAAAAUGUGCAGUCUUUUUCUAUUUACACGUUUUGAGUCACCAACUCCUACUGAGCAUGUGCAAGACUUCACAGAUUAUACAUAUAUGCAUUUGUGAUUGGCUGAUGGCUGUCACAUGAUGCAGUGGGAGGGGAAAUAUACAUAACUUUGAAAUGUGUCAGGAAAAAAAGUCUGCUACUCAUCUGAAGUUCAGACUAAGGGCUAUUGCAUUGUCUUUAUCAUGCAUUUGUAUAUUAUGCAAAUCUUCUGUAUUUACUGGUCUUUUAGUAUUGUAAACAGUUGCUUUGCAGUAAAUACAACUUUUAUAGAUCAAAUAAAAAGACCAAUCCUACAAAUGUUGUGAUAUGCCAUUUUUAUAUAUGGAGUAAACAAAUAUAUACACUCAUGUUACUGUUGGUGGGACUAUGAUUUGCACCAUGAAGUCUGCACAAUAAAUUCAUAGUUGUGUGCAACAGGAUUCUAAUUACAGUUAAAAAGUUACAUACAAUUUUGCGGUCACCUUAAAGGGACAGUUAGAAACUUGCAGUUACAGUAUUUUUUUACUAGUAUUCCAACAGAUUAACAUACCAGAAUGUGUCUGAUCAUUAUUAGAACAGAUUAACACCUUGUUUGCUGCAAUUGUUUUUGUAAGGUCAAACUCCACUUUGCUUAAUUAGUGGAGCCAAUCUGGAAUUGACCCUGUCAUUUUGUAUACCAAAUCUCCAUUGUUUGACGUCAGCAAAAAAAUUAUAAAAUAACAUCCCACAAAUUAGGGGCAGAUAUGUGGCAGGAUUAGCCUUGUAAAGUUUGCCACAUGCUCUUUAAGUACUUAAAAAUCCACAGAUUUUUUUAAAAUUGGGCUAAAUAAAUAAACUUAAAGGUAAGUGAACCCCACACUUUUUCUUUCUUUCCUUAUUUAGACAGAGAAUACAACUUUCCAAUUUACUUCUAGUAUCUAAUUUGCUUAGUUCUCUUGGUAUCUUUUGUUGAAAACCAUACCUAGGUAUGCUCUGCGUGCCAGCUGCUGAUUGGUGGCUGCACAUAUGCCUCUUGCCAUUGGCUUACCAAUGUGUUCAGCUAGCUCCCAGUAAUGAAUUGCUGCUCCUUCAAAAAAAGAUAUCAAACAAAUGAAGCAAAAUUAAUAAUAUAAGGAACUUGUAAAGUUGUUUAAAAAUCUAUGCUCUAUCUGAAUCAUGAAAGAAUUUUUUGGGGUUUUUUUUAUAUCCCUUUAGUAAGUAAUUAACAAAGUUGUUUUACUAUGCAUAAUUAAGAAUUUUAUAAUCUGUGUUUGUUGUCCCUUUUAAAUAAAGUUUAUUGUACUGCAGGAAUCUAAACAAAAUCUAGUUUUGAUAAGAUAAUGCAGAACGCCACUGUGAGUCGCUCCGUAAAGACACGUUUCAAACAUUUGAUGCUAACGAAAUGCGUGAAGGAAAAACUAUUGCUAUGAACUUUUAAAAACUGUUUUUUUUUUUUGUUUUACGAAGGGUUUUUUAAGACUUCAUAUUUCCUUAUAUAGAUAUGAACAAUUGUAAUCGAUAAGAAUUGAUUCUCCACUGUUUUUUUAUUUUUAUUUUUCUCUGAAUUCUCUGUGACGCAAGUAAUCUGCUCUAAUUUCUGAACAUGUUGCACUGUUUAAAAAAAAUAAAAAAAUACCACUGAUCUGUGGAUACUGUGACUCGGUUGAGGAAACCUACCCAUAAUGCCAAGCGUUUCUUUUGUUUUGUUUUUUAACCAAAAUUUAAAUAAAGAGAUUGGACAAAA